CUCGCGCCCGCAGACGCCCGGGAACUGUGACCGCGGGCUCGCGUUCCCGGCUGGGCCCUGUCCCGGGGCUGCCACUCACGGCCCUGCAAUGUCUCGCCAGAGGUCUGUGUCGCGCGGCGUCUCUGCCGCCGGCCCGGUCCCUGCAAAGCAAGCUGUCUUGAGCCGAUUCUUCCAGUCUACUGGAAGCCUAAAAUCCACCUCCUCCCCCACGCGUGCAGCCGAGAAGGCGAACCCUGACUCCGCAGCGCCUCCAGCGUCCACUUUGCCGCCUCAGUUACAGCCGCACGUGGCUACAGAAAUUGACAGAGGUAAAAAGAGACCACAGGAGAAUGAUGGGCCUGUUAAAAAGAAAGCAAAGAAAGUUCAAGAAAAGAAAGGAGAAAGUGACUUGGUCAUAUCUGGAAACUCGGAGCCAAAGAAAUGUCUGAGGACCAGGAAUAUUUUAAAGUCUCUUGAAAAAUUGAAAGAAUUCUGCUGCGAUUCUGCCCUUCCUCAAAAUAGAGUCCAGACAGAAACUCCUCAGGAGAGAUUUGCAAUUCUGCCAAAGUGUACUGAUUUUGAUGAUAUCAGUCUCCUACGUGCAAAGAAUGCCAUUUCUUCUGAAGAUUCCAAAUCUCAAGUUAAUCAAAAGGACAAGACACUUUUUGAUCUCAGUCAAUUUGGAUCAUCAAAUAGGAGUCAUGAAAAUUUACAGAAAUCUUCUGAUUCUAAACCAUCUAACAAACGGUCCAAAAGCAUCUAUACACCAUUAGAAUUACAGUACAUGGAAAUGAAGCAGCAGCAUAAAGAUGCAAUUUUGUGUGUGGAAUGUGGUUAUAAGUAUAGAUUCUUCGGGGAAGAUGCAGAGAUCGCAGCCCGGGAGCUUAAUAUUUAUUGCCAUUUAGAUCACAACUUUAUGACAGCAAGUAUCCCUACUCACAGGUUGUUCGUUCAUGUACGCCGCCUUGUGGCGAAAGGAUAUAAGGUGGGAGUUGUGAAGCAAACUGAAACUGCAGCAUUAAAGGCCAUUGGAGACAACAAGAGUUCACUCUUUUCCCGGAAGUUGACUGCACUUUAUACAAAAUCUACACUAAUUGGAGAAGAUGUGAACCCCCUAAUCAAGCUGGAUGAUGCUGUAAAUGUUGAUGAGAUAAUGACUGAUACUUCUACCAACUAUCUUCUGUGUAUCUGUGAAAAUAAGGAAAAUGUUAAGGACAAAAAAAAGGGAAAUGUUUUCAUUGGCAUUGUGACCUACCCGGACUCUGUUCAAAAUCUUGGCUUUUUAGGACCCUUCAGAACUAUUAGACUCCCUUGUUCCAUCGGAGUGCAGCCUGCCACAGGUGAGGUUGUGUUUGAUAGUUUCCAGGACUCUGCCUCGCGUUCCGAGCUGGAAACUCGGAUAUCACGCCUGCAGCCGGUGGAGCUGCUGCUUCCAUCAGACUUGUCAGAGCCAACAGAGAUGCUCAUCCAUCGAGCCACAGCUGUUGGUGUGCGGGAUGACAGAAUUCGAGUAGAAAGGAUGGAACACAUUUAUUUUGAAUACAGCCAUGCUUUCCAGGCGGUCACAGAGUUUUAUGUGAAAGAUGUAGUUGACGUCAGAGGUUCUCAAAGUUUUUCUGGCAUCGUUAACUUGGAGAAGCCUGUGAUUUGCUCUUUGGCUGCCCUAAUAAGAUACCUCAAAGAAUUUAACUUGGAAAAGAUGCUCUCCAAACCUGAGAAUUUUAAACAGCUGUCAAAUGAAAUGGAAUUUAUGACAAUUAAUGGAACAACAUUAAGGAAUCUGGAAAUCCUACAGAAUCAGACUGAUAUGAAAACCAAAGGAAGUUUACUUUGGGUUUUAGACCACACUAAAACUUCAUUUGGGAGGCGGAAGUUAAAGAAGUGGGUGACCCAGCCACUCCUUAAAUUAAGGGAAAUAAAUGCUCGACUUGAUGCCGUAUCUGAAGUUCUCCAUUCAGAAUCUAAUGUGUUUGGUCAGAUAGAAAAUCAUCUACGUAAAUUGCCCGACAUUGAGAGAGGACUCUGUAGCAUUUAUCACAAAAAAUGUUCUACCCAAGAAUUCUUCUUGAUUGUCAAAACUCUGUAUCACCUGAAGUCAGAAUUUCAAGCAUUAUUACCUGCUGUUAAUUCCCACGUUCAGUCAGACUUGCUCCGGACAUUUAUUUUAGAAAUUCCUGAACUCCUUAGUCCAGUGGAGCAUUACUUAAAGAUACUCAAUGAACAAGCUGCCAAAAUUGGGGAUAAAGCUGAAUUAUUCAAAGACCUUUCUGACUUCCCUUUAAUAAAAAGGAGGAAGGGCGAAAUUCAAGAAGUUACUGACAAGAUCCAAACACAUUUGCAAGAAAUACAAAAAAUACUAAAAAAUCCUUCUGCACAAUAUGUGACAGUAUCAGGACAGGAGUUUAUGAUUGAAGUAAAGAACUCUGCUGUAUCUUGUAUACCAACUGAUUGGGUUAAGGUUGGAAGCACAAAAGCUGUGAGCCGCUUUCACUCUCCUUUUGUUGUAGAAAAUUACAGACAUCUGAAUCAGCUCCGGGAGCAGCUAGUCCUUGACUGCAGUGCUGAAUGGCUUGAUUUUCUAGAGAAUUUCAGCGAACAUUAUCACUCCUUGUGUAAAGCAGUGCAUCACCUAGCAACUGUUGACUGCAUUUUCUCCCUGGCCAAGGUCGCUAAGCAAGGAGAUUACUGCAGACCAACUCUACAAGAAGAAAGGAAAAUCAUAAUAAAAAAUGGAAGACACCCUGUGAUUGACAUGUUGCUGGGAGAACAGGAUCAGUAUGUUCCCAAUAGUACAAAUUUAAUAGGGGACUCAGAGAGAGUAAUGAUAAUUACUGGACCAAACAUGGGUGGAAAGAGCUCCUACAUAAGACAAGUUGCAUUGAUUACAGUCAUGGCUCAGAUUGGCUCCUAUGUUCCUGCAGAAGAAGCAACGAUUGGGAUUGUGGAUGGAAUUUUCACGAGGAUGGGUGCUGCAGAUAAUAUAUAUAAAGGACGGAGUACAUUUAUGGAAGAACUGACUGACACAGCAGAAAUAAUUAGAAAAGCAACAUCACAGUCCUUGGUUAUCUUGGAUGAAUUGGGAAGAGGGACGAGCACCCAUGAUGGAAUUGCCAUUGCUUAUGCUACACUUGAGUAUUUUAUUAAACAUGUGAAAUCCUUAACCCUGUUUGUCACCCAUUAUCCGCCAGUUUGUGAACUAGAAAAAAGUUACUCACAACAGGUGGGGAAUUACCACAUGGGAUUCUUGGUCAAUGAGGAUGAAAGCAAACAAGAUCCAGGUGAGGAAGAACAAAUCCCUGAUUUUGUCACUUUUCUUUAUCAAGUAACCAGAGGAAUUGCAGCAAGGAGUUAUGGACUAAAUGUGGCUAAACUAGCAGAUGUUCCUGGGGAAAUUUUGAAGAAAGCAGCUCACAAGUCAAAAGAGCUGGAAGGAUUAGUAACUAUGAAAAGGAAAAGGCUAAAGUAUUUUGCAACGUUAUGGGUGAUAAAUAAUGCAAAAGACCUGCAAAAGUGGACAGAUGAGUUUGAAAUGGAAGAAAUACAGACUUCUGUUCCUGAUUAAAAUGAAGACUACAUUUUUGAACCAAAAAUGGAGAAUUAAAAAUACCAACUGUACAAAAUAACUCUCCAGUAACAGCCCAUGUUUGUGUGACAUGUGAGCAUAAAAUUAUGACCAUGAUAUAUUCCUAUUGGAAACAAA